UCCGCGGGCAGCCCAUGACGUAGCCUGUGGCGCUUCGCUAUGUGUCCCGUGUGCCCUUAUCCAACUUCUGUGCCACGGCCCCAACCAACUUCUCUUGUUCCAGACUUUUGCCUUUACGCUUUGCUAUUGCAUACAUACUUACCACUACAAAUACACUUUACCGCUCUCCGCUUUCCACAAAAGACAUCAGUCCAAACCAUAUUGCAUCCUCUGUCAUCUCUACGUACUUUCACCUUCAGUAACGAUGCCUGCUUCCGUCGCCUCAGCUCCUGUCAACCGCACAACCAACAAGGCCGCUGCCUCUCGACCCCGGAAAGCGCCUGCUAAGUCCAAUAUCAACCACAGCAAAUCUGUAAACGGUGCUGCCAACGGUGCUGCCAACGGUGCAUCCCCAUACGGCAUCAUGGCUUCUCGAAUCGCCAACCGCGUGGCUGAGAUGGCCGAGAACAUGACCUUUGUCGAGCGUGAAAAGCCAAUGUCUCCUCCCGCAUCUCCCCAGACAACACAGAAGAAGCCGCCACGAAAGCUCGAAAUGCGCCUCCCCAACUCUGGCGCCUCUCCCACCAACGUUACCUUCUCUGCCCCAUUCCUCGACAACACCCUCUCCAAGUUGCUGGCUCUGCAAAACCGCAUGCUCAAGGUCAGCAACGAUAUUGCCGCAAGCGACGAUGUCGACGAGGCCACCAAACGCGAGCAGUUCAACCAGAGUGCCGAACUUUCAAGGAUCAUUGCUUUGAUCUGCUCUGAAAAGGCCCGACAAGGUGCUUAA